GCCAGCUGUCAGUGGACUGGCGGUCCUUGUAGCGAGUACACGUGCCUGCACAGUCACUCCUCAGCAAGGCACUAUUGGAAAUGCAGCGACAAAAUGUCUUGAUGCUUCUUUUUGUGGUAUUCUACUUAUGCAGAUGACUUACUGUUGAAGUUUGUUGGAGGUUUUCAUUGAAAGAAAAAAAAGAAAAUCAGUGAUAAUUUGUUAUGGACUGGUCUUCUAGUGAAUGCAGAUGUAACCUACAGUAAUCCAGCAAUUGAACUUAAUGGACACUUGGACAUUUUAUUGGGGAAAAAUCUACGAUAGCCAAGAUCAAAUUUUUCAGAAAAACAACAAGGAGUUGAAAUUCAGGGUGUUACUUCUGCUAGAUGGUGUAUGGAAACACUGUAUUUUAUAUGAGAAAGGAUAAAUGAUAGCAGGAAAGUUUAAGAUUCCCAGAAAUACUUAAUAGCUAAAGUGACUAGUGAACUACAUAUAAAAAAGAGAUUGAAAAGACACUAUAUUUAAUUAUUAAACAUGGAAUAUAUGCAAUGUCACAAAGAAAUGUCCUGCUUCAAUUGACAAGAGCUGGUAAAUUCACUACAAUCACAUGUAUGUCGCAGGUCCCGGCAUUUUGAAUGAGUUGAAAAACACUACAAGUACUUUUCAGUACAAUAUAUUCAAUAUAUUUGGGGUACAACAACACUUAACUGGAUGAAAAUUUCAGAAAAGCAGCUGUUUAUAUUAUAAAAAAUACCUUUUUUGUGUGAAACUUUGCAUAAAGCACUCAGUAAGUAGGAUACAGUGCAGCAAUAAAUGACAUUCUGAGGCAACAAAAAGUCACCUGGAAGUGAAGUAGAAGAUAACAUUCUUUCAUCAGGAAAAAGCCAAAUACAAGGAUUCUCCAUUCAAAGACGUGAUCUCUUCUUCAAAAUGUCAGAUAUAAUCUAUCCUGACAGGCGGUAACAAAAAAGUGAAAAUCAAUAAAUUAAUAAUUGAGAUUAUGACAAAAAGUGAAAAUCUCAAAAAACUCGAUAAGUAAUAAACAUUAUAGACACUAUGGCAGCAGUUGAACAGAUCCCACAGCCUCCACACUUGUCUUGCUGGAAAAGCAUCACAGUUCUGAUGAUUAUGUCUCUUAAUUCCGCAUUUGGACUCAUCUGUCAACAAUGUGCUGGAUUCACCGAUCUCCGUCACUCCAGUCUUCGGGAUGCCAUUGAUAACCUUGUGUGCACAAAUAUCGACAGAAAUUCUGAUGGCUUUGUGAAGUGUCCCGAUGACGCCCACUCCUGUUAUGCCAGCUUGCAGAUACAGGCCACUUAUGCCACAGCGUAUACAGGGAAAGAACAGCAUUUUUACACUGGGUCUGUUGUCAAAGACUGCCACCAGGGAAAACCACACAAGACAGCCUGCAAGCCAAGUCUGGAGGCAGGAUUUCACUGCCAACAGGGUUGCAAUGGGGACAAAUGCAACCAGAAAUUCUUCUCAAUUCCUUUCAUAAAGUCUCAGCAGACAACAACUGAGCUGAUGAUUCGCUACAAAACUGGAGUCAUUGUGGAAACCAUGCAUGUGAAAGAUGGCAACAAACUCAGAAAAGGAAAGAGUAAUUCUAAGGAUUCAAAUCAUGCCAAGAACUCUAGUUCAAGAACUCAUACAAAUCUUUUAAGUAUCAUGAUAAAAUUACUAAUACUGGGGCAUUUUUUAAAGGAUGAUGGUGACUCAGUCACUUAAUAUACUAGAAUUCUUCUUCUCAUUUAAUAUUAUCUGAAAGCAUAAGAUACCAGUAUGAGGUGAUUAUCAAAGA